AUGUCUGAUUUAAGAAAAAAAUUAAAACAAUAUAUUCUAACAGAAUACAAAACGCUAUAUACAGAGGAGGCAGUCAAUCCUGAACGACAGAGAGUAAAAGAACUUGCUAGAGAAUGCCAAAAGGAAUCCGGUUCAACUGUAGACGAAUUAGAAAACAUUAGACAUGGAAGAAGAACCCCUGAUACUGGCAAGCAAGCUCUUUGCGUUAGUCGGAAAGUGGGAUCAUUGGAUCGCGAUGGACACAUUGUACCUGAUACGUUUAACAAACAUGUCAAUGCAUUGACUGCAUUCCCUGAGCGUCGGAAAGAACUUAAAGACAAAUGUGGUAAGACUAACGGAGAAAACGCAGAAGAGAGGGCUAUCAAUUUUGUUAAAUGUAUGCAGUCCGUCUUAGCAAAAACUCCUGUUUAA